UUUAAAUGUGUGCCCAUUUCUUAACCUAUUUAGUUACAUUUAUUUACAAGUACCUUCUGUAAUCCUUAAAAUUGAUUUCCAUACAUUUAAAAACCCCUAUGCAUAAACCUAUUCUAUUGAGAAAGUCGAUGAAGGUUUUUUACUUUGAUUUCAGCAAAAGUUGCGGUGAUGGCGAGACAAUCAAGAGAUUCUGAAAAUUUAUCAUUUCUGCGUGGCCUUGCAGAGUCCAGAGAGGAUCCUAUGGAUUUAUUCAAUUACUUGUUAGCCAUUGGAGCUACUAAUAAGACGUUUUUACGUCAAGAGUCCAUUGAAUUACAUGAGAAAAAAAAAGUUCUUUUCAAUGAAAUAAGGAAAUUGGUAAUAAACAAUUAUGAACCAUUCAUCAAUUCCAAAAAAUAUUCUAGAAAGAUUUUAAAAACAAUGAGCUUAGCUAAUGAGGAUUUAAGUAUUGUAUCUGAUAAUAUACCUUACUUUGUGGAUGAAUGUAAACUUUAUUGUGAAAAUUUAGAAAAUUUAAAAGUUAUGAAAAAAGUACAUCGAUAUUCUGUAACGAAAACUAUGAGGCUUCAAAAUAUUUUAGAAUUACCAUUUCUUAUGAGAUCAUGUUUAAACAAAAAAUUAUGUCAAGAAGCACUGGAACUUUCAUAUUACGUGAAAAAUAUUGGGAUAAGAUUUCAAGAUACAACUUUAUUAAUGAGUACCGUGAUCCAAACUGAACAUUUUUGGCUCCUGACGAUCGACUGGAUUUUUGUUGAAUUAGAAAAAGAUAUGUCUAUUCCUCUUUGUCUUCAACUCAUCAACUUUUUAAGAGCUAUUGGUAUUUUUACUGAGGCAGAACUUCGUAUUAGAUUUAUUGAAAAGCGCAAUGUAUGGUAUCAGUCCUCUUUGAAGUCUAUUUCUUUGGAACCUCGAAAUGAAUAUUUAGCGAAAGUCAUUGAGUUCACAAGAGUGAGUUUAUUUGGUAUUAUAUCUCAAUAUAAAGCAUUGUUUCAUGAUGACAGCAGUCACACUUUUCUUGACGAAAUAUCAUCAAUGUUUUUCCAAUGGAUUGAAGAAAAGGUCAUUCAAUUCUUUGAUAUUUUAGAAUGUGAGUUACCCAAAGUUGUUUUUAUGGAAUACAUAUUUGAUCAGUGCACUUAUUUUGCCUUAUCAUUCAGAAGAUUAGGAAUUGAUUUUACUUGUCGAUUGUCUCAAAUAUUUGUUAAAGUGUAUGGGGCCAAAUUUGAAAAACAAAUAAUAGAUAAUACUAAACUUUUUAUUGAAAAUAUGGAAAGUUCGUAUCUCGAAGAAAAAAAUUAUGCCUCACUUAGCAGCUCUAUCACUAAUUUUGACAACAUGAAAACGUCUUGUCAAGAACUUUACCCAUUUGCUGCCUUUUGCAAUGGAAUUUUUUCCAGUUUUAAUGCAAUAAGACUCAAUACACCAUUCGUACUGCGGCUUAAGAUAAGAAAUUCACUUGAACUAUCAACGCACUGUUUACAAUGUACUAUCCAAGAAAAAACUAAACAAAUUAAGCAAAAAUCAUUUCAAAGCGACGAGUUGGAUCGAUUUUUUAAGCUUCUCCAAGAAAAUUGCAUUCUUAGUAUUCAGAACUCGAUGAAAAAGGUUUUACCAGAAAAUCAGUUAGUGAAAUAUUUUGGUAUUACUCAGUUUGACAUGGAAUUGCAGGUUUAAUUCAGAAAAAAUUAUAUAGAUUUGUACUGUU